AAAAUGAGUGGUGAUGCUGGAAGAGGGAGAGAGAGAGAAAGGAGGAGAGGGAGAAAGGAGGAGAGGGAGAGAGGGAGAAGGACUCCUCCUACCAAAUUAUUCAGACUGGGCCGGCUCUGCUCUGCGCGCUUCACAAAUACAACCCGGUUCUCCAAUCCAGGCAGUCCCAACCUGACCUCCAAGCACCGAGGAACCCCCCUCCCUCCCUGCUGCACGAAAAGAAGCAAACCAAAAACUUUGUGACAUUAUUUUUUUUGGCAAAUGAUCACACUGUAGCCCCCUCCUCUUCCUCUGGUCCCUCUCCAGCACAUCUUCCGCACCGUUUUGUCGCAUCAUUUGGACUAUAUACUUUUUUUCCUCUUUUACUGGAUGAGAGACAUUCACGGGAAGCAGGAAUUCUGCGCCUCAACUCCUGACCAAUGCUGUAGUUUUGAUUCUGCUUUCAACCGAGGAGGUGAUUUGAAUCACCAGGGUUUGUUUUUUUUGUUUUUUCUUUUUUAUCCUGUUUUGUGUUGUGCAUAGAGCCCCCUCGGAUGCGCUGAGAAACACAAAAAGAGAGAAAGAGGAUAAGAGGGCGCAGCGCAGAGGUGCAGUAUAUGGAAGUUGUGAGCUGCAAAACAGAGGCGAGCAGUUGCACGUUGUGUCCUGGACCCGGAGCCAUGCUUUUCCACGGGAUCUCCGGGGAUCACAUCCAAGGAAUCAUGGAGGAAAUGGAGAGGAGGACGAAGACGGAGUCACGCCUGGCCAAGGGUAUGCAGCUCAACGGCAGGGAGUCGACCAUGACCUCCAUGAGCCCGGAGAAACCUGCUCUGUGCGCCGGCUGUGGUGGCAAGAUCUCGGACAGAUACUACCUCCUGGCCGUGGACAAACAGUGGCACUUGCGAUGCCUCAAAUGCUGUGAAUGUAAGCUGGCGCUGGAGUCGGAGCUGACAUGCUUUGCCAAGGAUGGGAGUAUUUAUUGCAAAGAGGAUUACUACAGGUUCUCCGUACAGAGGUGCGCACGCUGCCACCUCGGGAUAUCCGCCUCGGAGAUGGUGAUGCGAGCGCGCGACUCCGUGUACCACCUGAGCUGCUUCACCUGCACCACGUGCAACAAGACCCUGACCACCGGCGACCACUUCGGCAUGAAGGACAGCCUGGUCUACUGCAGGCUGCACUUCGAGACGCUGGUGCAGGGCCCGGACUACCAUCCGCAGCUCAACUUCGCCGAGCUGGCGGCCAAGGGCGGCGGCCUCGCCCUGCCCUACUUCAACGGCACCGGGACGACUCAGAAAGGGAGGCCUCGCAAGAGGAAGAGCCCAGCCAUGGGGAUAGACAUACCCAGCUACAACACAGGCUGCAACGAGAAUGACACCGACCAUUUGGACCGGGACCAACAGGCCUACGCUCCAACACAGAAAACCAAACGCAUGCGGACCUCCUUUAAGCACCAUCAGCUUCGGACAAUGAAAUCCUACUUUGCCAUCAACCACAAUCCGGACGCCAAGGACUUAAAGCAGCUGGCCCAGAAAACAGGCCUCACUAAGAGAGUUCUGCAGGUUUGGUUCCAAAACGCAAGAGCCAAAUUCAGAAGGAACGUUUUGCGACAGGAGAAUGGAGGUGUUGAUAAGGCUGAUGGCACCUCACUCCCUCCGCCCUCAUCCGACAGUGGGGCCCUCACCCCCCCCUCCAGCGCGGCCACACUUACAGACCUGACAAACCCCUCUAUCACUGUAGUGACCUCCGUCACCUCUAGUUUGGACAGCCAUGAUUCGGGGAGCCCUUCGCAAACUACCUUGACAAACCUUUUCUAACAAGCUAUCUCUAUCAGACUGAUUGUUAUUUGAACUGAGUUUUUUUGUUUGUUUUGUUAUUUUUUUUGCUUUUGCUCUUUUUUGGGACUUUCUUUAAGUUUUUUUUUCUCCAAGUUACAUUAUUUUUGUAAAUGACACCUUUAAAAUGAAGCAGAGACAGCUCCUCGGAAGAGACAAUGCUGUACUGUGCACACAAACAGGAACUACAACGGCAACAAGAGCAGCGACCACUUAGGAAAUUACUCUAAUGUGUAGCAUUCCAAGCUGCAAAGAUUGACUUCUGGAUACUUGGACUAAUUUGGAGUUUUAAAGACAUUGGAAAAUUGUCUUGGAUUGCAGAUUUUUUUUAUUUAGAAGGAAAGAAAACUUGAAACUUGGCUGGAAAUUUAGACUUUGCCUGAUUAGACUUAAUUCAUGUAUUUGUGGUAAAAUAUGUUUGAAACAAGCCCUCCCUAAUUUAUGUUUAAUUGGUAAAAUAAAAAAAGUAGUGCCAGAAGUAUGUAUAUGUAUGCACUGUGUUCGCACUAUCCAGAUUUUUUACCUUUUUCGUUUUUCUUUUUAUUGGUACUGCGUUGGAAUAAUUUGGAAAACCUGUCGAAUGUUCUGUAUAUGGUUAACUCCGGAAAACAGGCUUUAAUUAAUACCGAAUGUUUUCAGUCUGGAAGGCUGACUUUGAUGGAAUCAGACGUCUACAACCUGACAGAAGCUACAUGUAAACGCAUCUAAAUUUACACUGUAAAGCACCUAGAUGGCCGACAGAGAAGCUAAAACGACACCAAGGCGUUUUUUUCCUCAUGAAUCCAGAAGCAAAUCCCACACUCUGCGCAGUGGUAACUGUUCAACGCACCCAUUGGUAGAAACUGUCGAUUAAAAAGCGCAACAUAAGAAAUUCCAAUCAGUUCUAAUCACUCGUCUUCAUGACAGAGCACUUUUUGCUUUUGGAACUUGUGGUUCUCCUUACCUAAUAGAAAAAAAAAGCCUGGCAAACAUAUCCACAAACCCACAGCUAAACUCAGUUGCACAGUGACAAAAUACUGCCCAGAGAAAAGUGCAUUAUUGUCCUUAUCAUGUUGCUCAGGGUAAUGACGUGAUUUUAAAUGUAAAAAAAAAAAAAAAAAAAAGGAAAAAAAAGUCGUGGGGCUGAGAAAUUAAGUGGUUGCGAAGCUGCAGACUAGAUUUUAGGAGCUGACAGAACAGUCAAAACAUCUGACCUCAGAUGGGUGGAGUCGCACAAAGCAGCCAGUGGGAAAUCAUUGUCCAUGUGUUCUCCUGUUUGGCCAUAUUUACACUUUCUUUACUGAUACUUGCCACUAAACAGACCAAAAAAAUUAUAAUCAAAAAGAAAACAAUUGGAAAAGCAAACUAUUUCUUCUGGCUGAUAGAUGGAGCGAGCAAACCUUCAAAUUUCCAUUGUGAGCGCCCCAGUUUGCUGUCCUGCAGAGCAAAGCGGCGCUCCAGGUCUACUUCAUUAAGUAGACGCCUAACUCAGUUCUACUAUGUGCCUUAAUGAUAUAACUUGGGAGAGAGUUUGUGAAAUUCAGGAUCUAUGUGUUCUUUGUUAACCGACUCACAUCUUUUUGGCGCCUCACUAGUUUUGUACUGUUUUGCAUCUUAUUUCCGAAGAUCUUUUUAUGGUGUAUCCUGUUUUAAAAGAAAAAAAAAAGUGGAUGGGAGGGCGGGGCAGCGAUGUCAUAGAAAGCAUUUGUGCACUCUUUCAGAUAUAGUUGGGUAAUCCAAGAACCUUAUAUAUUGAUCUUCGUGUUAAUAGUUGAGUACAGUAAGUGUUCUAUCAAGAUUGUCCAUGUUUCCCUGUUUCAUGAUAAAGAUGGUGUAUAGAAACUAUUUCCCCUUAAAUAUUUAUGGACCAAACGGUUGUUAUAUAUCUUAUUAAAUUUGUGUGAAUAAAAA